AUGGAGAAUAUUACUCAACACCAGCCUUCUACAUUAACAUCUGGUGUUGUUGCAACUGAUGUUGCGGCAACUGAAAUUCACGUUGUUGGGCUUCCUCCACUUGGAAAGAAAAGAAAACAAAAUGCUAAUGGUCCUAGGAAAUUGUCUCCUGCAUGGGAUCACUUUAUUAAAUUUCCUAAUGAAACUGAACCAGUAGUUGCUUGUAAACAUUGUCAUAAAAAGUAUUUGUAUGAUCCAAAAUCCCAUGGGACAUCUAACAUGCUUGCUCACACAAAAAUAUGCACCAAGAGGCCACAAAAUGAUCCUACUCAAACUGCCCUUUCCUUUGCUAGUGGAGAGGAUGGUGGCUUGGUUGCUACAAGCUAA